AUUCUCCCCCACUCUUCAAGCAAAGCACCUUUCACCUUUUUUUUUUUUUUUUUUAUUCUCAAAGACUCAACCUUUCUUUUUAACUUUCUCUCUCUUCCCUCCUUUUGGAAUCUGGGAACCUGUGCUUCUUGUUGCUUACAUUGAGAUCUGUUUCAAAGCUAUGGGUUUUUUUGAAGAAACCUGCACUAACUCUAGGACUUCAAAAAAUGGCUUGAUUGCUCUCUAUGCACCAACCUCUUCUUCAUCUGCAGAUCUCCAUAGUCAUUACAAUGAUGUAAAAACCAAAUCCUUCUUGACAAAAAUGAUUUGGGAUUUUGGUUUAGCUUGUUUUCUUCCUGAUUAUCAAAGGAAAAACGGUUCAGGAAAGAGUCAGAAAAACAAUGGUGAAAAGAAGGGAAGCAAUUUGGAGCAUAAUAAGGCUUGGUUGUUGGCUGAGUCAGGUGGAGGAGCUGAGUUGACAAGCACUGACCCACAAUCAGUUCACUCGUCUUUCAGGUUUAGUUUUUGUUCUCAAGUUGAACUCGAAGCCAUCACUGCAAAUUCUUUGAGUUCAGCUACUGUUUUGAUGGUGAAUUUGGAUAAUGGGGUUAGUGACGAUAGAGCUAAGGAAUUGAAAUGGAGAAGGAUUGAGUCUCUGGAAAGAAGUAUUUCACCAGUCGCCAAGUCUUUGGUCAGAUUCAGCUAUGGUGAAAUUGUUUCAGCUACUAGAAAUUUUUCCAAAGGGAGGGUUUUGGGGAGAGGAGCAUUGAGCUUUGUUUUUAGAGGCAAAGUUGGACUAUUGAAGACGACUGUGGCUAUUAAGAGGCUGGAUAAAGAAGAUAAGGAAUCUGCAAAGGCCUUUUGCAGAGAACUGAUGAUUGCUAGUUCUUUGCAUCACCCAAAUAUUGUCCCUCUAUUGGGGUUUUGUAUUGAUCCUGAGGAAGGUUUGUUUUUGGUGUAUAAGUUUGUGUCUGGUGGAAGCUUAGAACGCCAUCUUCAUGAUAAGAAGGGAGCAAAAGGACGACCUUCAACUCUUCCUUGGUCUGUUAGGUAUAAGGUUGCCUUGGGAAUUGCAGAGGCUAUUGCAUAUCUACACAAUGGAACUGAAAGAUGUGUUGUUCAUAGAGACAUCAAGCCCUCUAACAUUCUUCUUUCUUCCAACAAAACACCCAAGUUGUGUGAUUUUGGAUUAGCAACUUGGACAUCUGCACCCUCAAUCCCAUUCCUUUGCAAAACUGUUAAAGGCACAUUUGGGUAUUUGGCACCUGAGUAUUUCCAACACGGAAAAGUAUCUGAUAAAACUGAUGUUUAUGCUUUUGGGGUGGUCUUGUUGGAGCUGAUAACCGGACGCAAACCAAUCGAGUCAAGACGGCCUCCAGGAGAAGAGAAUUUGGUCCUAUGGGCAAAACCUCUAUUGCAUAGAGGAAUGGCAGCCGUCAAAGAAUUACUCGACCCAAGACUCAAAUGUACAUUGAAAAAUUCAACUCAAAUAGCACGAACGAUACAAGCUGCAGCAGCCUGCAUAAGCAAUGAAGAAUCACGAAGGCCAGCCAUUGAUGAAAUUAUCGCGAUAUUGAGAGGUGAAGAAGAACCAUUCUACUCGAUUAGGAAGAAGUCCAAUUUCUCUGGAAUCAUUGAUUGUUACUCUCAAUUACAACAUUCAAAAAGUGAGAUGAAGAGUCACUUAGCCUUGGCAAUGCUAGGAGUUUCAGAGUUUGAGGAUGACGAUCACCUUUAUUGUCGGUGAAACAUGGAAUCGAUUUUCAUCCAUGGAAAUUUUCACCCACACCCUUUUCUUUGUUGCUUGCUUGACCAGAAAGUUUUAGGCAUUAGAAGAAAAAGAAAAAGAAAAAGUGUUGAAGUGUAAAUAGGAAAAAGGGGUCUGAUGAAAGCUGGUUUGUAUGUACAUACCAUGAUUCCCUCUGCCUCUGUAUUUCUCAUGAAAAACCACUGAUUUUCAUUUGAACGUGUGAUUUUCCAUUA